AUGACAUACGAGUUUAUAAAAUUACGUUCCAAUAAAGGUCCAAAACUAAAUAUUACUGAUGUUCGACUGGCCAAUGGCACAGAACCGUUUGACGGACGAGCUGAAAUCAAGGUCAAUGACACAUGGGGUACUAUCUGUGACAUUAACUUUAACAUAAAUGAUGCCGAUACAUUUUGCAACAUGCUUGGUCUGAAGGGCGCACACUAUUUCACCGGUGCAUCACACGGCGAAGGAACAGGUCCUGUGUAUGUUGACGAAUUCUUUUGCAGUAGUAUCGAUACCAACCUGAGUGACUGUAGAUAUUUGUUUCGAAACAUCUGCAAGCACGAUAGAGACGUGUCUGUUGUCUGUAAUGAGUGUGGGCAACCGGACAUAAAUUAUUGGGAUGCUGGUUUCUUUAGCUACAAUGGAACAAAAUUUUACGCUGAUUGUUCUUACUUCAAAACAUACAUUGGAACGCUUAAAAUGACAUGUGAUAACGUAACAAAAUCCUGGGUGACAGAAGGUGAAUGUAAGGAAUACAAAUUUCCUUUGGAUAUAAUGGCUAUUCGAUUAACUGGUGGGACUAAGGCAAGUAAUGGUCGAGUUGAACUUAAGGUAAUGGACACAUGGGGAACCGUUUGUGAUAAUUAUUUCGGAAAAGAAGAAGCUGAUGCAGUUUGUCGGAUGAUUGGUUAUGCACCUGCAUUUGAAGUUUAUUCUGGAGCUUAUUUUGGAGAAGGGAAAGGUCCGAUCUUUAUUGAUGAUCUCAAUUGUCUUCCAACCGCUUCACAUUUGAAUAACUGUACAUACGUUACCUAUGAUAAUUGCGAUCAUUCCAAUGAUGUUUCGGUCGUUUGUACUGAUUGUGGAGAUCCAACACCAGUAAACGGGAACAUCAAUUCGUCUGAAACAAGCUAUGGAACUGUUGUUAAAGUUUCUUGUAAUGAUGGGUAUUUGCUUCUUGGAGAUGCAGUAAUAACUUGCCAGCUUAAUAACAACUGGACCGAUGUACCGUCUUGCACGUUAAUAGAUUGUGGUGACCCAACACCUAAUAACGGUAACAGAAAUUCCACCGACACAAUAUACGACUCAGUAGUAUUAAUAACAUGCGAUCAUGGAUUAAACAUCGCAGGAAAUUCAACAAUCAUAUGUCAAGCUGACGAGACUUGGAGUGAUAACCCAGUUUGUAACGCUUCUGAUUGUGGUUUAUUGUCAGCACCAAAUGGCAAAAUAAAUGCAUCAGGUACAACAGUUGGAUCUUCGGCUUAUGUGACAUGUAACGAAGGUUAUACAUUAGAAGGAGCAUCCAUGGUUGUCUGCACGUUAGAAGGAUGGACUAGUAGAGUCUCCUGCCAAAAACAAGAUUGUAGUGAUCCAACACCAGACAAUGGGGAAAAAGUUGAUAACGGUGGAACUGAAUUUGGCAGCAGUGCAACUAUAGAAUGUAACACUGGGUAUGAAAGUAUAGGAAAUAACGUUAUAACAUGUGUCGACUGUAUACAUGUAGUUAUAAUUACAUUUUAUAUUGUGGUUUGA